AGCCGAAGAGGGAUCAAACUCCGGACGAUGCGGAGGAUCAAUUCACUGUACGGAGGAGUUGGGCUUCUAAGAAGAGUACCCGACAAAUCUACGAAGCAAUCUCGCUCAUUCGUUGCCUCUCUCUCCUUCUCUACGGACGGUGGCUAUGGCGGUGAGUCUCAGCACAGCAGCUCCAGGGUCAAGAUCUUCGAUCGGGACCUCAAGCGCCGUGACCGAGCGGCGUGGCUUUCCCGCAAUAAAAACGAUACCUUUGUCGACGCUGUCGCUGAGAAUCUGCUUGACCGCUUAGAGGAUUGUAACAAGAGUUUUCCCUCUGCACUGUGUUUGGGAGGGUCUCUGGGUGCCGUUAAGCGUCUACUACGUGGUCGCGGUGGGAUCGACAAGCUUAUCAUGAUGGAUACCUCCCAUGACAUGGUCAAAUCAUGUAGAGAUGCUGAAGAGGAUUCACGCAUCCGGACAUCUUAUCUGGUCGGUGAUGAAGAGUUUCUGCCAAUCAAAGAGAGUUCGUUGGGGCUUCAUUGGACAAACGAUCUCCCAGGAUCCAUGAUACAGUGCAAACUGGCCCUGAAGCCCGAUGGCCUGUUUUUGGCAGCAAUUCUUGGCGGGGAAACCUUAAAGGAGCUGAGAAUAGCAUGCACUCUGGCUCACAUGGAGCGUGAAGGAGGCAUUAGUCCCAGGCUAUCGCCUUUAGCGCAGGCGCGUGUUAGGGACGCAGGGAAUCUCUUGACCAGGGCGGGUUUUAGUCUCCCUGGUGUGGACGUUGAUGAAUACAGCAUCUUCGUGCAAUGGGUGAAACCAACGCUCUUCUCCAGAGAAACAAGGCUGAUCUUGAACCGCGAAACUGCUCUCGCCACGGCAGCCAUAUAUGACUCGAUGUUCGCCACAGAAGACGGCACUGUACCUGCUACUUUUCAGGUGAUUUACAUGACAGGAUGGAGAGAGCACUCGUCUCAGCCGCAGGCCAAGCGGAGAGGUUCAGCCACCGUUUCCUUCUCGGAUAUCCAGAAACAAUUUGGUGCCGACUCUUGA